AUGGAAUCGUUAAGAAACGAUAAAGAAAGCUUCAAUAUAGGGUCUAAUAAAGACGAAGCUAUUCCAACAAAAACUAGUAAUGACGUAGAAGUUAAAGAAGUAACUUACGAUGAAUUACUAUCAUCAGCUGGCGAAUUUGGACGUUAUCAAAUAUUGCUCUUCUUUUCGACAUUCCCAUUCUAUGUAUUCGGUGCUAUGUCAUAUUAUUCACAACUGUUUAUGACUGAGGUGUCGCCAAAUCAUUGGUGUUGGAUUCCUGAGUUGCUAAAUUUGUCAUCAGAAGACCGCAGAGCCUUAGCAAUUCCUUUGGAUAACAGAACCCACUUUGGAUAUUCACAAUGUACAGCGUAUGUAGCCAAUUGGACUGAAAUAUUGAUAACUGGACAAACACCUAAUGAAACAUGGGAUACUGUAAAGUGCCAACAUGGUUGGGAGUUCAAUAAAAGUGAAAUACCAUAUCCGACUAUAUCAAGUGAGCUUGGAUGGGUGUGUGAUAAAAAUAGCUAUCAGGCAACGGCCCAAGCGAUAUUCUUUCUUGGAUCUAUUACUGGAGGCUUUAUUAUUGGAUGGAUUUCUGAUAAAUAUGGAAGAAUACCUGCUGUUGUCAUCAGCAAUUUAGUUGGAUGUAUUGGUGGAGCUGUCAGUGUAUUUGCGAGAGAUUUUAUUGAAUUCUCAAUAUAUAGAUUUUUUAUGGGGAUGUCAUAUGAUAAUUGUAUGAUGAUGGCUUAUUUAAUAGUUUUGGAGUAUGUUGCACCCAAAUAUAGGACCUUUGUAUCGUACAUGGCAUUUGCUCUUCUUUAUAGUAUUGCUGCAACAACAUUACCAUGGAUAAUUCUACUUUGUGGUCACUGGAAGACUAUAGCUUUAGUAACAAGUUUGCCGAUGGCAUUAGCUAUCUUCACUCCAUGUUUUAUACCAGAGAGUCCAAGAUGGUUAUUAUCAAAAGGACGCAUUGAGGAUGCUGUUAAAAAAGUCAUCGAAAUAGGACGAGUAAAUAAGAAAGAAAUACCUCCAGCAACAAUUGAAACGUUUAAAGAAACUGCGUGUAAUGCCAAAUUAGAAGAAAAUGUUAGCUGUUUGGAAUUAUUAAGAAGACCGUUAUUGCGAAGAAUGUUAAUUUUUAUAUGUUUAACGUACGUAUGUUGUACUAUAGUAUUUGAUGGACUAGUGAGAGGGAUUAAGCAAUUGGAAUUUGACUAUUUUAUAACAUUUUCAAUUGUAUCGUUUACCGAGUUUCCGUCGAUGUUAAUCGCCGCUUUCAUAGGUGAAAAGAUGGGUAGAAGGUGGAUGACAUCGUUAUUCUUAUUUGUUAGUUGUGUGUGUAGUAUCCUUACAGUUAUUACAGGUGGGUGGUUGUCGACAUUAUUUGCUGUUGCUGCAAGAUUUGCAGUUAACAUGUCUGGGAGUGCUACGACAUUGUGGACUGCUGAAUUAAUGCCUGUAUCUGUUAGAGGAUUUGGUGCUUCAAUAGCGCAUAUUUGCAGUUAUGUUGCAACGGUGAUUUCCCCAUAUAUUAUUUAUUUGGAAAUUUACAUUUACUGGUUGCCUUAUGUGGUGAUUGGAUGUGUGGCUGGAUUUGGAGGAGUAAUUGCUUUAACGUUACCAGAAACAGUGCGAAAAGAGAUGCCACAAACAUUCGAGGAUGCAGAGGAGCUAAUGAGGUCUAUACAAUUUUGUGAUAUACCAUGUACAUCAAAGAAGAAAAGUGUAGAUGGAAUUAUAAAUGAAUGUUUUGAAAUUAAAUAA